UGCAUCUGUUUGGGCCUUGAAAAUGUGUAGGAGUUUGACAAAGACAAAGAGAAAACAGUCUGUAAGACCGAGAGGCCUGGAAGAGCAUGCAGUGCUGUGCGAACAGCACAGAACUUAAGCGCAGGAGCAAGAUGGGGCUGAAGAGGCAGCUCCUUCCGGCCUUCCUGGAUCACUGGGGGUGUGAGUGCUGCGCAAGAGUCUGGCCAUUACCUGUGGGACGGGGGCAUCAGUGGGCUUGUCAGCAGGGACACGACAGGCUCAGAGUCACUUGAGAAUCAGCGGCCCGGGAUAGGAAGUGACUGUUGGGGUCCUCCUACGGGCUAGUGAGAAGUUCUGGGAAAAAUCACCAGCGCCGGGAUGUGGGGAGGGAGGCAAAAGACUGAAUUGGUUGACCAGGAAGGCCAAGCCAUCUCCUUAAAGUCACCUUCGCUGGUGCGUGGGUGAAUGCAGUCCCCAGCCUCCCGGGACCUCGAAAGGCACAGGACGCAGCCAGUAGUAGGGCCAGCUCAGCCUGCAGCACCGCUUCCCGCGCGCGCCGCGAUGCGGUGGAACUCGUGCCUCCUCUACCCCUGUAGGAGGUGCUAUGGGAUCAGCCUGGCGACCGCGCAUGCGCAAAAAAACCCCCUCCACGAAGGGCACGUGGCCUCCCGAACCCGGAAGCGAAUGAACUCACGUGGGAGCCUGGGAGGGGUGUUUGUAGCUUGGUAGUCUAGUUGCAGGUAAUCUGGGCUGUUUGUUCCUGUCCGGGAGAGCUCGGCGGAGGCAGCUGUCGAGUACCCUUCACCCUUGUGUUGGGAGCCUGGGAGCGAACUCUGGCGGGGGUUACCCCUCCCGGGGACGCAGCAGGGGGCGAGUCCCUGGCUGGAGUGUGCCAUGGGACUGCUCUCAACCGUCCGGGGCGCGACCUGGGGUCGCCUCGUCACCCGUCAUUUCGCCCAUGCAGCGCGGCGUGGGGAGCGACCUGGUGGGGACGAGCUAAGCCGCCUGUUGUUGGAUGACCUGGUGCCGACCUCGCGGCAGGAGCUUCUGUUUGGCCUGUCCCCUUGUCUCCUGGCUCUGCGGGCCGCCCGCCGCUACGUGGCCCGGCUCCUGCUCCAGGCGGGUAAAGCUGGGCUGCAGGGGGAGCGGGCUGAGUUGCUCCGUAUGGCUGAGGCGCGGGACAUUCCGGUUCUGCGGCCCAGACGGCAGAAACUGGACGCAAUGUGUCGCUACCAGGUCCACCAGGGUGUCUGCAUGGAGGUGAGCCCGCUGCGGCCCCGGCCUUGGACUGAGGCCGGGGAGGCGAGCCCAGGCGACGACCCCCAGCAGUUGUGGCUCGUCCUCGAUGGGAUCCAGGAUCCCCGGAAUUUUGGGGCUGUGCUGCGUUCCGCUCACUUCCUCGGAGUGGAUAAGAUCAUCACCAGCCGGAGAAACAGCUGCCCGCUCACUCCAGUAGUCAGCAAGGCCAGCGCGGGGGCUAUGGAGGUGAUGGACGUAUUCUCCACUGAUGAUCUCACCGGAUUUUUACAGACCAAAGCCCAGCAGGGCUGGCUUGUGGCCGGCACGGUGGGCUGCCCAGAGCCUAAAGUUCUCCAGUCCUCCGAGAUCCCCAUCAUGAGCUCCUUGGAGUUCCUCUGGGAUCAGCCUACUCUCCUUGUGCUGGGGAAUGAGGGCUCAGGUCUGUCCCAGGAGGUGCAGGCCUCCUGCCAGCUGCUCCUCACCAUCUUGCCCCGGCGCCAGCUGCCUUCUGGAUUUGAGUCCUUGAACGUCUCUGUGGUUGCAGAGCACUUGAGGGGUGAGGAUGUGACCCAUUCAGUUCAUUCCUCUGUGCACCCGCCCUGAAGGGGAGGGUGGGGGCACUCCAGCUCCUAUGCUGGGACCCUGCCCAGGUAACACCUUGCACCGCCCCUGCUCCAGCAUCCUGAGGACUCACUGGUCGGUAAGUUCUUGGUGUCUCACUUGAGGCUUGUUGGGACUUGGGGAGAGUGGCUUGGAGCCUGUGUCGGGGUCUUGCUGAGCCUUAGUGGGCUGGAUUCGUUCCCUUGCUAUUGAUGUAGCUGUCCGACUGCCACCUCUGCUUCCUCUUCAUGCCCUGUGGGAAGGGGCACUGGAAGCCCCCCGCUUGGACCCGCAAUAGAUCCCAUGCACCGUCUUCCUCGGCUGGGCGCUUGCCUCCCUUUCCCCUCGCAGGUUUCUGCUAUCUACCUCACUGCUGACUGUGGCCAAGCCUUGGAUUCAUUGAUUAAAGUUUAGGCUGGAGCUGAUGCUAUUACCCUGCUGGAGUGUGGCCAGCACCCUGGGCACCACUGCCAAGCCCAGCUGUGAAACUAGCACCGCCGCCUCCCUUCCUCUGUCUCUCACCCUGUCUCUGAUUCUGUGUUCGGUCUCUCCCCUGUCCUAGAGCCUCCCUCAGACCUGCUGCCCUUGUCACCCUUCAGGGGCCCACCCGGUAAGACCAGCUGGUGGGGGACUCUACCUUCUGCCACCCACUCCUUCCUCAGAAGUCCCCUUGACUGUCAGCUUCCCCACUUGGGGUCCCCCAAGGCAGCUCUGUGCAUCGAGCCCACCCUGAGCACCCCUUGCCAUCUCCAGCCUUUGCUCAAUGUCAUUGGGCACAGGACAGAGACUCUGACAGCCUCAGAAGAGGCUGAUGGAUCCAAAAUGGGACGUUAGAUGAACCGCUUCUUUGUGAACGUCUUUGAUACAACUGGGUCUCUCAAAGCAUGAGCAUCUGUAAGCACGCCUGUCAUAGGAGGCUGGGCCCUGCUGCGGAUGGUGGAGGGGACGCUGGAGAGGACUGGGGCCUCCAGUGUCUCCUUCAGAGAGGAGGUGUGUGGCUUCUUUGAGGCCUGCUUCUCUUCUUGUUUUGGGAUGAGGAGCUUUGGGAUCAGACACACCCAGACUUGUGUCCUGGCCCUGGGGGUCCUGGGCUCUUCCUAACCAUGUCAAGUCUUAUUUUCCUUCUUGUAGCAGAGGGAUAAUUUCUUUACAGUGAGGAGCGCAGGUAACCGGCUGGGAGCUGAGCAGGCCCUGAGUAUCUGGCGCCCUCCCCUCCCCUCCCCUCCCCCUUCCAGCUCCCCACCCCUCCAGGCUUCAGGUGGACUUGCACACUGUUUUAAUCAAUGCUAGGGUGCUGACAUGAAGGAGGCUGGGGUGGGAACCAGGGCCCAGAGUUUCACUUCACCCCAAAUCUGCUAGAGUCAGGGAAUCCAUCCAGCUUGAGAUCUGGUGUGUAAAGGUAAGAAAAGGGCUUUGUAAAGUCUCCAGCAAGGCCCGAAGUGCUGCUCUUGUUAAUGAGGAACAAUGUGCUGGGAAGAGUGGGCUGCAGUAGCCUCCUGGCCUCUGCUCUCUCUCCACACAAUAUGCCUAAAAUGUAAAUCCUAUCAUGGCCUGCCCGUGCUCAGAAACCUUCAAUGACUCCCUAGUGCCUCCGGGAUAAAGUAUAGAGCAUAAUGGUCAACGCCGUCCACAGUUGCUCCAGUCUGGUUCCCACUUCUUUGGGAUCCUUCCUCCCAUCCUCCCCUCCCUCUCCUUCUUCUCUUU